AUGGCAAUUUUUUCAAUUUUUUCACUUCAGGAUUUCGUUUAUUUAAGUUUAACUUUUGUCACAAUUUAUGUGAUAAAUUUUUACUUUAAUUAUUUUAGACGCCCAGACAAAUUACCAGGUCCUAUACCAUUACCGAUAAUCGGUAAUUUGCAUCAAUAUACUAACGACUUAUCGGUUUGGGGAAAGUGGAUUCAAUCAAAUUAUGGUGAUAUUGGUGAAGUAUGGUUUGGUAACAAAAGGGCCAUUUGGAUAGGUGGAACCAAAUACCUUGAGAAAAUUUUAAAACCUUCACCUGGUAAUUAUAAUGCUCGUACAGCUCCAAAUGAAGCGUUAGAUAAGUUGGAUAUGAACUUAAAAGGUAUAGGACUCAACAGGGAUUACGAUACUUGGCAUAGCAAUCGAAAAUACUUCACAAGAGCCAUUUCUUUCCCACUUUUUCUUAGACUGAGUGUCAAAUUCACUCAGUCAUUAUUUUUGGAAAUGGAAAAUUAUUGGGAUGAUUUGAAUCGGCGAAACAUUGAAAUCGAUAUGUCGGAAUGGAUGAUAAGAUUUUUCGCAGAGGCUAUUUUCUUGAUAACAACGAGUAAAAAAUCCUAUGCUUUAAAAAACCAUCAUGAAGUUUUAUGUUUUCCUAAGAAAGAUUCUGCUGAUACAGAAAAUCUAGUUAAACAUGUCAGAUCUAUAUUUAGAUCGUUCGAGUUUUAUCUUACGACUCCCAAGUUUAUGUACAUUAUACCGAGUUAUCACAAAUAUUCUAAAAAGUUGUUAGAAAGUUUUGAUUGGAUGAGGAAAUAUUACCUACCUAAUAUCAUUAAAGAACGUAGAGAAGAAAUCGAAAGGUCACCAAUCGAUGAAGAAUUAGUUCCUGAUAUGUUAACCAUGAUGUUAACAUUUAACACAGAACGUGAUAAAUCUAAAGACACUUCUACCGACGAACCUUCUGAACCUAUGAGCAAUGUAAACAUAUGCGAGAAUCUUUUUGAAAUUGUCGUUGGAGGAAUUGAUACCAGCACAAAUACAUUUUGUUAUGUUAUUUAUUAUCUUUGUCAAUAUCCUAAAGUAAAACAACGACUUAUCGAAGAAAUCCAACAAGUAUUUGGUUCAAAUUCAAAAUUUGACGUUAAAUAUGAAGAAUUGAAUAAAUUACAUUAUUGUGAAGCCGUGCUCAAAGAAGGUUAA